GCUGUUCUGUAGUUCUGUAUUAUUUUCCAAUCUUAUUAAUUUUGUACAAAUUCCAUCUAAUUAGAUAAGAUAUCAGACCAAAUUUUGAAUUACAUUACCUUAUUUAUUAAGCGUGAAAUGUUUCCAGCAGUGCAUCGACUUAUUUUACCUCACUUUACAUCGUGUAAAAGACAAAUUGUUUACGUGCCCAAACAUAAACCUCCUGAACAAAAAGACUUCGAAAAGCUAAAAGAUUUCUUGAUAGCAAACGAAAAGAUUUUGGUCCUCACUGGCGCUGGAAUCUCCACAGAAUCUGGUAUUCCAGACUACAGAUCUGAAGAAGUUGGUCUAUACGCGCGCAGUAACCAUAAGCCAAUACAGUACCAAGAAUUCAUAAAAUAUCCCAAAGUAAGGCAAAGGUAUUGGGCUAGGAACUUCGUUGGAUGGCCACGGUUCAGCAAGAUAGAACCAAAUGCCACACAUCUUGCUAUUACUAAUCUACAAAAGAUAGGCAAAGUUACAGCUAUUGUAACACAAAACGUAGACAGACUCCAUCACAAAGCAGGUUCUCAUAAUGUUGUAGAACUUCAUGGCACUGGCUACAUAGUCAAAUGUCUGAAGUGCCCGUAUGAAAUUGACCGAGAGGAACUGCAGAAAGAGCUAUUGAAGAACAACCCUGAUAUGAGAAGUUCCUUCUCCAUGAUCAGGCCUGAUGGUGAUGUGGAAUUAACACAGGAACAAGUGGACAAAUUUAGGACACCUUUAUGCCCCAAAUGUGAAGGGCCUUUAAAACCAGACAUAGUGUUUUUUGGUGACAAUGUACCAAAACACAGAGUUGAAAAAGUGAGACAUGAAGUUAAUUCAAGUGAUGCUGUUUUUGUACUGGGAUCCAGUUUGACUGUGUAUUCCAGUUACAGGAUAAUUUUACAAGCAAAAGAAGAGAAUAAGAAUGUGGCCAUACUAAACAUAGGUCCCACAAGAGCUGAUGAUCUUGUCCAUUUAAAAAUAUCCACAAAAUGUGGUGACAUUUUACCUGAUCUAUGCAAGUCUGCAUAGCUGAAAGUUCAAUUAUUUGUGUUGGGACAAAGUGCAAUCACACCUACCUCUAUAAUACACUCGA